CGGGUGAGAAGCCAUACCCGUGCGAGACCUGUGGAAAACACUUCAGACAGAAAAGUGCUCUAAAUGUUCACACGAGGACCCAACACGCGUGAGAAGUUGUGGUGCACAGGCCAGCCAUGCCAGUGCUUCCUUAUGGGAAGCAAAGGGCCGGGUAACGCUCCCAUUCAGCAUGUUCUCUCUGCAGCACUACCUCACCUCUCAGCAGGCUAACGGAAACGUGGUGAAGCCCCAAAAAAAUGUCACCUUCACGUGCGGUGCCCUUUCUGACCGGAAGGAGGCAGCAGAACACAAAACUGUGUCCGACUCUGCCAGAAUUAAACCGAAGAAGAAGAAGAAGCUAGCUGGACGGAAACGCAUGUAGCAACACAUUUAAGCUUCUGUGGAGGAUUUUCCUGCUGACUCAGGAUUAAACUGAUGGAGACAAACUUUGUGAUGGAGCAGUGAGUGAGGAUGUGACUGGACCGUGGGUGGUGUGGAGCCCCUGGAGGGACCGCGGAUCGGCGGCUCCGGGAUGGAGACCUGGACCCCUAAUCCCCGAGCGAAACCGUUCAUCCCGCGCCAGCAACGGAGCUGGUACCUCACCUGGAAAUACAAGCUGAGCAACAAGAGGGCGGUCCGGAGGUUCUGUCAGGCCGGAGCGGUUCUGUUCCUCCUGAUCACCGUCAUCAUCAACAUCAAACUGAUUCUGGACACGAGGAGAGCAGCAAGUGAAGAGGCAGCUCGGGAGUAUGAGGAUGUGAUUCCCAACAUGGAAACACCACGCCGAUCAGCCGGUGGACGCCGGGUUCUGGACAUUGAGGUCUACUCCAGCCGCUCCAAAGUCUAUGUAGCUGUGGAUGGAACCACGGUUCUGGAGGAUGACAUGCGGGAUCAAGGUCGAGGCAUCCAUGUGAUUGUCCUCAACCAGGCUACGGGUCAUGUGAUGGCCAAGAGGAUCUUCGACACCUACUCCCCCCACGAAGACGAAGCUAUGAUCCUCUUCCUCAACAUGGUGACUCAGGGCCGGAUCCUCAUCUUCACCAUAAAGGAUGAAGGAACGUUCCACCUGAAGGACGCAGCCAAGAACCUGCUGAAGACUCUGGGCAGUCAGAUGUCCCUGGGCCUCAGCUGGAGGGACAUGUGGACCCUAGUGGUGAAGAAAGGAGGUCUGGUUUAUGGAGAGAAAGGCUCAAAGUCUCCAGCUCUGUCCACCUGGGGUGACCCAGUUCUGCUAAAGACUGAGGUCCAGCUAACUGCAGCUGAAGAAGCCGAGUGCCACUGGGCCGACACGGAGCUGAACCGCAGGAGGAAGCUCUUCUGCAGCAAAGUGGAAGGAUAUGGAAGCAUCUGCAGCUGUAAAGACCCGGCGCCCAUCGAGUUCAGCCCAGAUCCGCUUCCCAGCAGCAAUGUGUUUAAUGUUCCGGUUGCCGUCAUCGCAGGAAACCGACCCAACUACCUGUACAGGAUGCUGCGCUCGCUGCUGUCGGCCCACGGCGUCAACCCGCUGAUGGUCACCGUGUUCAUUGAUGGAUACUAUGAGGAGCCUAUGGACGUGGUGGAGCUGUUUGGACUCAAGGGGGUCCAGCACACCCCCAUCAGCAUCAAGAAUGCCCGAGUGUCUCAGCACUACAAGGCCAGUCUGACCGCGACCUUUAACCUUCACCCAGAGGCGAACUUCGCCAUUGUUUUGGAGGAAGACCUGGAUGUUUCUGUGGACUUCUUCAGCUUCCUGAGCCAGACCAUCCACCUGUUGGACCAGGAUGACAGUUUGUUCUGUAUCUCAGCCUGGAACGACCAGGGCUACGAACACAUCGCCGAGGACCCGGCGCUGCUCUACAGGGUGGAGAGCAUGCCGGGUCUGGGCUGGGUUCUGAAGAAGAGCAUCUACAAAGAUGAGCUGGAGCCCAAAUGGCCGACGCCAGAGAAGCUGUGGGACUGGGACAUGUGGAUGAGGAUGCCGGAGCAGAGGAAAGGCCGAGAGUGCGUCAUUCCGGACGUGUCCCGAUCCUACCACUUCGGCAUCAUCGGACUCAACAUGAACGGAUAUUUCCACGAAGUUUAUUUCAAGAAGCACAAGUUCAACACGGUGCCCAACGUGCAGCUGAAGAACGUGGACAGCUUGAAGAAAGAUUCGUACGAAGUGGAGAUCCAGGGGCUGCUGAAAGUGGCAGAGGUGUUGGACCACACCAAGAACCCGUGCGAGGACUCGUUUGUUCCGGACUCGGAGGGAAAGACCUACAUCAUGUUCAUAAAGAUGGAGUCUGACUCGGACACGUCCACGUGGACGGAACUCGCCAAGUGCCUACAUGUGUGGGAUCUGGAUGUUCGAGGCUACCACCGAGGCCUCUGGAGGCUCUUCAGGAAGAGGAACCACGUCCUGGUGGUGGCCGUGCCCAUCUCACCGUACUCUGUGAAGAAACCAGCUGCUGUCACUCCAAUCCGCUUAGAACCUCCGCCCAGAGAGGAGGGGGCACCAGUGGACCCAAUGUGACCAUCCAACUGGUCCCUCAGAACUUCUUCAGCUGACUGAUGAUCUGACAGAUUCAGAAACGCCGUGGUUCUGGAGUUCCUUACCACCGUGGUUCUGGAGUUCCUUACCACCGUGGUUCUGGAGUUCCGGAACGCCGUGGUUCUGGAGUUCCGGAACGCCGUGGUUCUGGGUUUUCCUGUUACUAAGCCCACUACUUCUGCUUCUGUCUGAACAGAACCCUGUCUGUGUUCCAGGGCAGGAAGCGGGAUCAGAAACUUCCUCACUCAGUUCACCAGGAUAACAACGUCUACUGGAGUUGAUUCAAACUUUAAUCACACAAGAAGUCAAACAAACUCCACUUCCUGUCAUAACAAGUGGAGAACUUUGAUUCUAAAUAAAGAUCUAAACUUUAGCUCGUGUUCAAAUGUUGUGAGCUGCCGACUGAAUGAAGAAAGGAAGUUUAGGUCCAAAGGACCGGGAUCCACAACUCGUGGAUCGUUGGAUAAUCCUGGAUAAUCCCGGACUCUUUGUGAGAAAAGGAGGAAAAGCUUAAUUUUAGAAAAGAGCCGUCUGAAACAUUUCUGCCUUUACCAGAUGCACCUAAACGCACCACCAAGCCUCCGUCCCGUUUCAGCCUGUCAGCUUUUUCAUCCUAACUUUGUUUUACUGUGUUGAAGCUUUCGGACAGUCGGACAUUUUAAAGUUGGGCCUACCUGUAGGUAGCUUCCUGAACAGCCUCCGUUUACAAAAAUAGAGUUUAUGUCCUUCAGAAGUUAUCGCUAGCUGCUAUUCUCGAGGAGCGGUUAUCAGAGGUGGCGGCUACUCCCUCCUGUCAGCGAGACUAAACUAAUGGCUAGCUUCAUUUGGCUAGUCUGAGCUAACAGUAGGUCUGAGCUAAGGGCUAGUUUACAGCUGACUUACACCACCAUCAGUUUCAUUGGUGGUUUGUUGGCCCAAGCUAAUUAGUCGUUAGCUCAGACUAGCCAUUAGCUUAUCAGUCCUGUAGGAUGUAUACCCCAUUUCUCCUAACCGAGGCUGUUGAGGAAGCUGUAGGUGAGAUAGAUUUAUUCAUAACCUGUACAAAGAAACCAUCUGAAGGGCUUGAGCUAAGCCCCCCCAUUCCCUAACCCUCCAGCUGCGUUUGUGAAGAAGUCCGGAUCCGUUUAGUCGCGGCAGCAGCUAGCACCUCAAACCAAGAGCAGCUCUGUAUGUCAGAUAUUUAUUUUAGGAGUCAUCCCUGUUUUGUUUUACCUGAGAGUGACGUCACCUAGUGGGACUUGAACCUUUCAUCUCCAUCCAGACCAUGUGAUCCGUUUCAGUGAUAAAGGGUUCCUAUUUGAAACGCCAUUUUCAGACCAAACACGAGGAUUUAGAAUAAUCUGAGGUAAGAACAGCAAAGAUAAAUACAACCAUACGAGAAGUCGUCCUACCAAGCUGAGUUUGGGACUACGUGUGUGCGGGUCGGCCCGCGAGCCGCUCCGCUGCCAUCUGAAAGGCCAGGUUCCUAAAAUCACAGCCUGAACAACGAGGCACGGCUUUUAAAGUCGACGGCAUGCCAUCCCUUCUGUCUGUAAUAACCAGACUUUGUAUUUUGUGGAAGUAAAAUAAAAAUCUGACUAUUGCACAAAUCAUUCGGCAGAUUCAUUAAAGGGAGACUAGGCAGUUUGGGCUUAAGCCGUCUCCUCGCGGUGCCUUUUAAACACCUUAAUCUAACAGCCUUCUUUGCUUCCUACAGGCGUGAUUCAUCACUAAAUUAAACCAAUCAGCUGUGUUCACAGUCUAAAACCUACAGGAAGCCCAGUUUAUGGUUCUGCGUUGGUACAGAGAUGCAACACCGUAGAGCGGCGGAAGCAUCUGAUAUUCUGGCCACAGGCCGUUUGGGCUGGGUGGCGUUCCGCUAAUCCUGUAACGGGUUGUUUUAGCACAUACUGCCUCAGGAAAAUGACGUUAAAAUGUGAAAAAGUUGCAGUCUCAUUAAAACUAACAAUAUUUAGUGGAAGACGUGUACAGAGGUUUGAGAAGAGCUUUCAGCCGUCAGGGUUUAUUUUAGAAUGAAGUCCAGUUUUUAUCCGUGAUUCCGGGUUUAGGGUUCUGUAAGUCCAGAUGCUUAAACAUCUCUGUUCUGGUUCCCAGAACCAACCCACUCUGUGUUUCUGUUCUGUUUGCGGUGAGUUAACCAUGGUUGUUGGGUUCUUACUGACGAUCUGGACAAACUGUGUGAAGUUACUUGUUUUUAUUCUCUGAGUUGAACGUUUUACUGAUUAAAACUUCAUCCCUGGA